UUUUUAAAACCAGGAGCAAAAAGAAACCGCUUGCCCCUUUGGGGGUCUGGAAAAGGGGGACCACUGCUCCCUGCCUCCCCCCCAAAGGCCAUUGGUUCCUGCCCUGCCCUCCCCCCUCUCCCCAGCCCCCCCCUCGUUUCUGGCACCCCUCGUGGGUUUUUUUUCCCCAUGCUAGGAGGAGCAGCGUAAGAGAGACCUGGCGUCCUUCGCAUCUGUCACCUAACCCCUGGGCGAGCUAUUUAAAGCCAGGGGCCUUGCUAGAUUUUGUCUCAACCUAUUUAUGCAUCGCUUGGACUUGGCACGGGGGUCUCCGGAAGAAUAACUCUCUCCCCCCACCCUCACUCAAGGCUUGGGAACAAUCGGAAGAGAGACAGAGAGAGAGAAAAGCUAUUCCGUAGCACCAGCGCCAGCAGCAGUGCCAACCGCUGUCCGUCCGGCUGCCUUCCUUGCUUGGGCUGGUCUGGGCAAACAAGUGAUACACACACCCACCCACGCCCGUGGUGGGGGUACCGAGAGCAUGAAGGCCCCCCAAGCCCUCCUGGUUUGCUCUUCUUUGGCGUGGCUGCUUCAACCGGGCUCCUUCCAGCCUUACCUUCGGCUCCGCCCUUCCCCGAGCGACAACCUGCCCAUCAAGGAUAUUAUCGAGCACCCGGAUCCCGAAUACGACCCCAAGGAGCAAGAUUUGGACGACCGGACUUUACGCAAGAAGCUGGGCAGCCACUUUGACCCCAACUUCAUGGCGGUGGCAGCGCCAGCUCAAGGCAACCUCUCUAGCUUGGAGCCUUUGCACAAGUUCAAAGGUCAAGGGGCUUUGCCCGGGGAGCUGAAAAAGCUGGACCUGGCCGAGACGCCCUAUAGGACCAAGGUCAAGAUAGGCAAAAAAGCCAGGCGGAAAUUCCUCCAGUGGCUUUGGGCUUACACCUACUGUCCGGUUAUGUAUACCUGGAAGGACCUUGGUAGCCGUUUUUGGCCUAGGUACAUCAAGGAAGGGAACUGCAUGGCCGAACGCUCUUGUUCCUUCCCGGAGGGCAUGUCCUGCAAACCCAUCAAAUCAGUCACCAAGACGUUCUUGAGAUGGUACUGCCAAGGAUGGUCCAAGCAGAAAUAUUGCACGUGGAUCCCCGUCCAGUAUCCGGUGAUUUCAGAGUGCAAAUGCUCCUGUUAA